AUGCAAAUCGAAAAUAUUAUCAAAGAUAUUCUACCGCCUCCGCCGCAGCCGCCACCACCACCGCCGCCUCCACCAACACUGACAAUUUCGCAGGAGGACCUUAUUACCUGUGGUCCCAACGAGACAACGUUCCCCUCUCAACUCCUUCAGCUGAAAUGGCAGCUGUUCUGCGUGCAAAAGAGUCAACAGGAGCUUGCGAGUGCAAUCCUCCAGCUGAGUAGCCUGAUACUGGCCAAUUCUGCACCGCAGAAUCCGCUGACGUUUCCACAUCUUCCACCACCAACGCAGCCACCUCCACCGCCAGUCCUAGGCUUCCAGCCAAAUCGACCCCCGACGAAACGCAGAUGGUCGUCGAAGGAGGUCAACGGCAGUUCGCCGAAGUAUUCCAUGCUGUCACCGAACCAACCCAAGGUCAAGCAGCCGGAAGUGGCCCUGCCCUGUAGGUGUGACGUUUGUCAGAAAAGCGAGGGUGCUGAGGACAGAGCACCAGACGUUGGCACCGGUCAGACGCCGCUAGACCUGUACGUCGCCUACUUUCUAAAUAGCCUGGAAAACAAACACCUUCUGUUGCCGCCACCACCACCCCCUCCGCCACCGCCGCCACUGCCUCCAGUCUCUUUAACUACGACGAUCUCCGAGCCAAGAACUUCUCGACCGAAUGGAAGGCUUCUUGCACAACCACAGGACAAACCACUCGAUCUGGCGACGCAUUCUCGAACGCGAAUGCCGAAGAUUGAGAUCACAGACAGCCUCGCUAGACCUCGUCCAACGUGCAGCCAGCCAGCAAUGCCCGAGUACGCCUCCGAGAUGACCACGUCGCCAAACAGUCUCAAUCUCUCGCCGUCUCUGGACUCCUCACCUCUCUUUCCCUUCCAGAAGUCACAUUCAGACGGAAAAAGAGAUCACGCGCCCGUCGUAGAUGACAUCCUCCAACUCGAGGCGGCUUCCACGAACAGCAUCAAGCCAUCCUGGUCACAGUCGGGCAUCCUCGUGGAAAAAGACAAGGCGGUUGUCAUUCUGAACCCCUCUGAUCCUCGUGAAAUGUUCGUCGGUGGUGACCCUAAAGUGCGUCUUCCAGUUUGGGCCUACAAGAAAUGCGUGUACAUGGUGGGACGCGAACAGAAGCGACCAGCUGCCAGACUGUGUCUCUGUCUCCUGCAGUCCCUCUUUAGCUUGCGAUACCUCGUGAGCCACAACUACAGCGGGUCGCGACAGAAACGACCCAUCGAUCCAAUGGUUAUGAAGGCAGUUCUGAAACAGGCAAUGAUGCAAUUCGGCAGGGGUGACAACGUGUUCCCAGGCUCUGAAUUCUCGCAAGGCAAGCUGCGCGACUACCUCAACAACGCGUUCCGUGUGAUGGCAUUUCGCAGGAGACGCGGUGAUCGUGUCAAGUCGCCAUUCUGGAACGACGCCGGUGAUCCCAUCUUGAGUCUUGAUCCCCCGAAAGACUUUCGACUUAAUGACAUCAUCCUGACUAAAGUACUUCCUUCGUUUAGAUAG